GGGGGAGGAAAUAGUGCCCCAUCAUUGGUGUCAGUGGGAGAAAUAGUGCCCCAUUGUUGGGGUCAGCAAGGUAAGUAUCAUUGGUGUCAGUGGAAGGGAUAGUGCCCCAUCAUUUGUGUCACUAAUACCAACGAUGGGGCACUAUUCCUCCCCCCACUGACGCCAACGAUGGGGCGCUAUUCCUCCCCCCCACUGACGCCAACGAUGGGGCGCUAUUCCUCCCCCCCACUGACGCCAACGAUGGGGCGCUAUUCCUCCCCCCCACUGACGCCAACGAUGGGGCGCUAUUCCUCCCCCCCA